AUGUUGUCGGCGAGCACGGUGCUCACGCUGCUGGGCUUCUGCGCCAGCGUCCUCUUCAUCGUCUUCGUCUGCUCCCGGCUCGUCUGCACCCUCAUCCGCCGCUUGCGCCGCCGGCCCCGACGCCCAUCCCCGCCGCUCCCCCGCUUCCCUCCCCUCGCGGCCAGAGCCGGCUACUCCUCCCACAUCCUGCCCGGACGCCAGGGCCACGCCGCUGGAUCGGGAGGGCUCGACUCCGCUGCGGUCGCCGCCUUCCCCACCCGCGCCUUCUCCUCCGCUGGCUGCCCCCGCGGCGAGGCGGCGGACGACUCCGCUAUGUGUGUUGUCUGUCUCGCAGAAUAUGAGGAUGCCGACUUUCUCCGUGUCCUUCCUUACUGUGGCCACGAUUUCCAUGUGGCCUGCGUCGACAUCUGGCUAAAGCAGCACUCGACAUGUCCUGUCUGUAGAGUUUCGCUUCGCGGCAAUCCUGGAAUCAAGCACGCCGUGCCUCCUCGACCAAGUGAAAUGAUAGUAAUUCCCCCAUGCUCUCCUGAAGUGUCAGGAUCCGAUCCAUGCCGCUGCCUCUUUGGCGGCAGAGGGCAUUCACCAAGGACAUCGUCAGAGGUUCUUACAAAUGAACCCGGCCAGGCGAAUCAAAUUCAGGUAGUGUGCCAUCCUCCAUCCGAGGACCGGGGAAACAUUCCGACACCAUCUGAGGUUAGGUUUCCUGGUGAGAAUAACAAUCAAACGGUGAAACUGAACAUAGAGUGUGUUCGUGUUGUUGGCAUUCCGUGAUGUAACUCUAGCUAGGACUC